GAAGACCUCAGUAGUGGUUGUUUUUUAGCUGCUCUGGUUUAAGAAACACCUCCUGUCACUUAAUUUGCAAACAGGCCAAGUAAAUUAUUAGUUGCACCCUUUUUUGAACUCAGUGGAAACAGAAGAAAACAGAUCAAUAAGUGGCAAAAGGAUUUUCUGAGUGAAAAAUGUCUCCCCAUGAUAAGUGCCAACACAACCCAAAUGAAGAUGAUGUGAAUUCUCCUACAAGUCCUUUGAACUUCCUAGAUCAGAAAUUCCAGGAGCUGCACCAGAACUGCCUCACUGAAAACACACUCUACAAUGAUGAGUUGUUUCCUCCAGACAACAGCUCCAUUGGCUUGUUUAAUAAAGUGCCUUCUGAGGUGGACAUGUCUCAAGUUGUGUGGAAGCGGCCAUCCGAAUUGGUGUCACACCCUAAUUUAAUUGUAGAUGGCGUGUCCAGGUUUGACUAUGCACAGGGAAGUGUAUUAGGAAACUGUUGGUUCUUGGCUGCAAUUGGGGCUCUAACUUUUGAGAAGGAUAUCAUAAAACAGGUCAUGCCAACUGAACAGUCAUUCACCAAGGAUUAUGCUGGGAUAUUUCAUUUUAGGUUCUGGCGAUUUGGGAAAUGGAUUGAUGUUGUAAUUGAUGACCAACUUCCUACUAUUAAUGAUGAACUACUUUUUGUGCACUCAAAAACGUCUAAUGAGUUUUGGCCUGCCUUACUGGAGAAAGCUUAUGCAAAGGUGUGUGGGUCCUAUGCAGACUUGCAUUUUGGUUUCAUAUCUGAGGCCCUGAUGGACUUUACUGGUGGAACGCAUAUGCAUUAUACACUGCAAAAGGCUCCUGCUGAUUUGUGGAAAAUUAUGGAAUGUGCAUUCAAGUCAAAAACGCUUAUGGAGUGUGGCACUUAUGCAGAGAUAAAACCUGAAGCUAUUGAAUUACUUAAUGGCAUAGUUGCAGCACAUGCUUACACAGUGACAGGGGUUUUUGAGGUGAUGAGCGACGAAAAUCCAGUUCAGCUGGUAAGAUUGUUAAACCCAUGGGGCAGAAAAGAGUGGCGAGGAGACUGGAGUGAUGGAUCACCCUUAUGGGAAAAAGUUUGUGAGGUGGUCCGCAAAAAUUGCCAUGAAGUUUUAAAUAAUGGGGAGUUCUGGAUGUCAAUGAAAGACUUUACCUACAUUUUUGCAAACAUAGACAUCUGUUGUCUCUGUCCUGAUUUCCUGGAUGGCUCUACUGAAUGUCACUGGACCUCAAAAAGAAAUUUUGGCAGAUGGAAUGAUGGGAUUUCAGCAGGAGGUGACAUAAUCAAGACAGAGACUUUCUGGACAAACCCUCAGUUUCGGGUGAAAAUUGAUGAGCUUAAUGAGGAAUGCGCUCGUGGCCAGCGUCCUGAAAAUAUACUGGUGUCCCUCAUUCAGAACCAUGAGAAGAGAAACAGAAAAAGCCAACAAAAUUUAAAAAUUGGCUUCUAUGUUUUUGAGAUACCACUCGAGAUGAGAAGUCAAAGUGGGAGGUUUUCAUCAGAGUUCUUCAUUGACAGAAAGCCUGUGGAACAGACUGAUAAAUUAAAAUACUUUAGAGAGGUGAUGAAAUUCUUCAGGCUGGAGCCGGGAGAGUAUAUUAUUGUACCUUGCACAGAGAAUCCUGGUGAAAUUGCCUCCUUCAUCUUGUCUGUUUUCUCAAAGAAUGAGACACACUUGAAACAUAUUCAAGAAACUCCUGAGUAGAAUGGAGACAUUUUUUGAUUAGGGUGAGGCAAACAUUUAUUGUCUGCUGACUUUAUUACUCGCUCUGAAUAAACAAGCUGAAGUAUGUA